AUGCCCGGCCGCCUCGAAGGACAGGUUGCCCUCAUCUCCGGGUCCAGCCAGGGCUUUGGACGAGGCAUCCUCGAGACAUUCCUGCGUGAAGGCGCAUUGAUCAUCGGCAUGGACCUACAGGCUGUUGACGGCCCUGUUGAAGGCUGUCCUGAGCAUCUCGCCUACCAGAUCAAGGCAAACGUCGCGGAGCAGCAGACAUGGGUGCACGCGCUCAGAACCUGCAUUGAAAGAUACGGCCGACCACCCUCAGUCGUCGUCCACAACGCCGGCUGGUCGUAUGCCAACAAAUCUGGCCUCGACGUGACGAUUGAAGAGUUCGACCGCCUCUUCAACGUCAACGUGCGCAGCAUCUACCUUGCCUCGAAGGUGCUCGUCCCCGAGAUGAAAAAGAACGGCCCUGGGUCGACAGUGGUUAUCUCGAGUGAGAACGCCAUCCGUCCAGGUGCUACACAGACAUGGUAUAACGCCACCAAGGCCGGAGUCUCGUCGGCCACCAAGUCGAUGGCUCUGGAGUUUGCGCGCGACCAGCUCCGCUUCAACACGAUCUGUCCGACUUCUGGAAACACCCCGCUUCUUAAUAAGUUUGCGGGUAUUGCGAAUGGACCCGUUCCAGAGGAGAUCAUCCGUGCAAAGUGCGAGUCGAUCCCAAUUGGGCGUUUGGUUGAGCCGUCUGAUGUUGCCAACGUCGCUCUCUUCCUUGCUGAGCCGGCGAGCUCUAUCAUCAGCGGGGUGGAGAUAUUGGUGGACGGUGCCAGAUGUGUAUAG